AUGCAGUACCGAAACCGGUGGUUCCUCGCUCUCAACACCCAGGUCAAGGCCGCUUUGACCGUUGUCGUGUACGUUCUGCUAGUGGUGACCCGAAAUACCAGCAGCUACAACGCCGCCAUCGGCAGUUUGAUCGGCAUUUGGCUGUUUGCCCUCGCGUCUGGGUUUGGUUCCGUCGCUGUGAGUAAGUGGUUUGAUCGCCCUCCCCCCACGCCAGCUUACCCCCAGAGCUUUUCCAAAGACGACAUGUCGGUGGAGUUUUCCAAAGCCAACAUCCCCCGCAACCGAGUGGGGUACCUCAGUCAACAAUACGGCCGGUGGUCGUUGUUGGGAAUAGUCCUCGAAGGCUGGCGGGGAGUGCCUACGGGCCCCAAGUCGUUUUUGAUGGCCUGUCACAGUAUGUUGGUCCAUUUGUCCACUGGGGGGACUGUGGAGCCCUUGAUUUGCAAGGAUAUCACCCCAGACUCAUUUAACAAACUGGUGCUAGCGACUGUAUGCAUGAAGAAGCGACCUGGAUCGAUCGUGCCUACGAUUUCAGCUGCACGUCAAAGCGAGCAAGAUAUACUGGCACUGGAAGACACGUUUUGA